AUGUCCUCCUGUCUUUCAGAUGAAGAUGACGUGUUCACCAUCACAGAGAAGACUCACCGGGUUUUCAGGAUACUGGAGAUCUCCCGGGAUCCACUCAGAAUCGCUGCCUACUGGGAUUGGCUCCAUGAAGUGAAGCUGGUGGAAUAUGCACACAGUGUGAUGUGCCCCCCGCUGUGCAUGGAGACGAAGAUCCUCUAUAACUGUACGGUGUGCCGGCUGAUGAGGACCGAGUGUCUGAGCGAUGAGAUCUGCUACCCAGAGGAUCCGGCUCUGUACAGGGUCAUGUGGACCAUCGUCUUCUGCUCCAUCAUCUCCAUCGCUCUGGGGAUCAUCUUAUUCACCGCGGAGUAUUGGAGGAAUGUGAUGAGAUUGGAGGGAGAAGCCGGGAAUAAGAAGACAAAAUAAAGUUGCCCUCUGGGGGGGUAAUCUCGUCCCUCUGAUUGCCCUCUGGGGGGGUAAUCUCGCCCCCCGGAUUGGGGGGGUCAGUCGGAGUCUCCCUUGUGAAUAAAGUGAUUAUCCAUG